ACGUGACACGAAGCAUAUUGAUUAUUUGGGUCAUUCAGGUAGACGUUGGCGAGCUAUCAACAAUUUAUUGACAUGCUGGCUUAAACGGUAAGCCAUGUGAUAGGAUAUUAGGCCUAUCGAUUAAUCCCAACAUUUACAUAGCCGGCGAAGUGGCGGUGUCGACAUUGCCCAGCGGUCAUUAUGAUUGAUACAGUUCGGCCAGUGCAGUUGAUCCAGGGUCGUUAUUCAAACAUGACCUUCAAACAUGACCAAUUUGACUUAAGAAAAUGACUGAAGAAAAUUCUUUUUGCGGAAUGAAAUAAAUAUGGACUGGACUUAAAUUUGGAUCUGUUGUGACUAGUUAGUGUAGUGAAAAAGUGGUUUUGUUGGAAAUCUACGAAGUCUAAUUACGAAUGAAAGACUAAAGUUUUUGUCUCUUAUAUGAUUUUUUAAAUUGGUGCUUCUAGGUUGUUUAAAGAGUUGUUGUCAUCAUUUACAUUGCAAAUCGUGUUUUACCAUCAAGGUAUUCUAAUUACGUUAAUAUCUUCUUUUUGUGGCAAUGAAAUCUAGUGCUACCUUCACCUGACUCAUUAAAUGUAUAAUUUGCAUUGCAAGGGUAAAAUAUGUGAUUCUAAUGGAAGAAUUGUAACAUCAUUAAUUGUAGCCUGCUGUUAGUUCAGAAAGAAACCAAAAAGACUUUAGAAUUACUUUUUCAUGCAGCAUUAAUGAAGCAAAGAAGAAAGGACAAGGGAUAUGUUCUUAUUGGAGAAAUAGCCGUCAAUAAUGAAUCAUGUCUUUUGAAAAAUUCUGUUCUCAUUUCACAAAACUAGUUUUCAGUUUCAUCAUAUUUCAUAUUUUCUAUCUUGAAAAAGUCUUCUGUGCGACGUGUGAUCGCAAUGUUUCAAGGACGUCAAACGAUUGCAUCCCAAAAACAUUCACGCAAUGUUUGGGGGGAAAUAUUCCAUUUAAUUACACAUCACUGGAGUUUGUCAGUGAUUCCUCAAAUCUGAUAGAAGUUGAACAAAAAUUAAAACUAUGGAAAGGACUACAGGGGGCCCCAGAGUGUUGGCUUGUUGUCCAGCCAUUCCUGUGUUCUGUGUAUGUUCCGAAGUGUGACAAUACAAGAGGGCUCGUAGAGUUACCCAGUAAGGAUGCUUGUCAGAGAGCACACGAAGCCUGUAAGCUUGUGGACGAUGUCCAGGGAUGGCCAGAGUUUCUGGGUUGUUCCCAAAGUUACUUUACAGAAGACACAGACUGUCUGACUUCCCACACUUAUGAGACCUUGACCUUCAACACAACCGGUGUUUGUAAUGUGCCACUCAUUAGGACGACCAAUGAGGACAGUUGGUACGAGACCGUACCAGGCUGUGGUAUCCAGUGUCAGGACCCGUUCUACACAGACGACGAACACCGUGAGGUCCAUAUCUUCAUUGGUGUUUUUGGUUCCAUCUGCCUCGUCUGUACUCUAUUUACAGUGCUGACAUUUCUGAUAGACUGGAAAACAUCCAGUAGAUACCCAGCCCUCAUCCUGUUUUUCAUCAAUGGCUGUUUCUUCUUCUGCACAAUUGGCUGGAUGGCACAGUUUUCCGGGAAUGCAAGGACAGACAUAGUGUGUAAGGCCGACGGGACCACACGCCACGGGGAGCCAAAGCUGGGGUCUGGAGAGACGGCCUCAUGUACCUUCGUGUUUAUCCUCGUCUACUACUUCAUGAUGGCAGCCUCUGUUUGGUUUGUCAUGCUGGCGUAUGCUUGGCAUCUCACCUUCAAGGCCCUCGGGACUCCUCGUGACGACCUCACCAGCAAAACUGCCUACUUCCACAUAGCUAGCUGGUGUGUCCCUCUAGUGUUGACAAUCAUAUGUCUGGCUGUUUCUGAGAUUGAUGGUGACUCAGUAAGCGGGAUAUGUUUUGUGGGGUACCGAGAGUAUGGAUACAGACUUGGUUUUGUUGUUCUACCGUUAACGCUCUGUCUUUGUGCUGGAAUAGUAAAUCUCAUACGGGGUCUUCGGACACUGGUCAAGCUAAGAAAGGACACUCCGGACUUCAUCAGCGACAAAGCCACUUCCAAGAUAAAGGAAACAAUCAUCAGACUUGGUACAUUUACUGUGCUGGCAUUUGUGUUUGUACUGAUCUCGAUAUCUAUACACAUCUACUCCUUCAGCAGUGAGCAAGGAUGGAAGGACAGCUUUAAAGACUACUACUUCUGCCUUGCCAACGUGACGGUGACCAAGACAGUGGACAGUUCCUACUCACGAACCUGUGCCAUGGCCACCAGACCCAGUAUUGUUUCUGUGGAGUUUCACGUCCUCGCUUUCUUCGGAGCUGGAAUUUUAAUGAGCAGCUGGUCGUGGACAAAAGCUUCCCUUCUUUCCUGGGAGCGUUUUUUACGGAAAGUAUUCAAAAAGCCAUCAAACAAACCAGUAAAGAUGAAGAAACACAAGAUGAUAGCCAAAGCCUUUGAGCGGCGAAAGGAUAUGAACAAUGGGCGGAUGUCGAUUAGCUUUGGCAGUACCCAUGAUGAUCCUCUGGGGAUGAAGUUUGAUUUAAAUAGUGUAAGCUCCCAUGAGAUGUCAUCUAACUUUGCUAAUGCAAUGCCCAAACUCGUGCGUCGACGAGGAGGAAUGAUAAUGCCGACUGCUGGCACACUGCGACGAUACUCAGAUUCAGAUAUCGGAUCCAUGGCAUCCAAAAUGGCUUCUCGUCGUCAGUCUCUAGACUCACAGCUCAGUGAAGCUCAAGGUCAAUUCCAUCAGAGUGAUCAAAGUGAGGAUAUGAAAGGCGGGAAGAAAAAACGAAGGAAGAAGAAGAGGAAGAAGAGUAAAAAGAGAAAUAGAAUCCAGCCUGUUCUAGGUCCAAUAACAUCUCGGCACUCUGGGACAUUUAUUCAACGCCGUGGAAAGAAAGGUCGUCGAAACAGUGAUUCAUCUGUCAUCAGUAAAGCCUCUGCUCAUGGAAUUGAUUUCGCUUUGGAACGAAAUAGCUUGGAGGCAGUUUCAUUAAAUUCAUAUUCACAUAAUAACAGUCUUGAGGCUGUGACACUGCCUGCACCACCAAAAACUUUGUCAACAAACUAUGCCAUCUUUACAGCUAGUACUUACACGAACGAGGUAAACCAGGAGGAAAAUGGAAAAAGGAACAGCCGACAGAAUGGCAACACCGCAUCGCAACGAAGAAGGGCAAGGGAGGUCACUCUGGAGAUGGCAGAAGCUCACAUAUACCAACAGCAACAGGCAAAUGGAGGUUUAGGAAAUUCAAAUCAUGCAGGUCGCAAUGACAGUUUUUCUGGAUCAAGACAAAACAUGGGAUUUGCAUUCUGGUCAGUCAACCCAUGGUCGACAAGGUUCAGCAGGGAAAUCGGGCAGUCGUAUUGAACCAGGACUACGGCAGCCAAAUGGAUCAGCAUCAAGUCGAUCCAGCAGAGGAAGAGUCAGUUCUGGAAGAUCUGAUAGAUCUGGUCUCAGUUCAGCUCGAUCAGAUCUUUCUGGUCCGAGAUCAGAACGAUCUGGUCUUGGAUCUGCUAGGUCAGAUCGAUCUAGGCUGGGGUCAGCGAGAUCUGGUCUCAGUUCAGCGAGGUCGGAUCGCUCAGAUAUUAUGGGACCAGCUAUGAGACUGACCAACGGUUCUGCCUCCAGUAGAUCAGGCCAAUCAAGACAGAGCUCUGCAAGGUCAAAUAGGUCACAGAAUAGUCAAAUCCCAUUGGCUGCACCCUCGUUACCUGGUGUAACUGUAGUCGAAAUGGACGAUGAUGAUCUCGUGUCAGUGACCUCUUUAGACUGACUCCAACAUAAAUGAUGAUUUCUACCCAAUUUGCCGCAAAACUGAUAUCACAAAUAUAUCUCAUCAAUUUUUGAAUAGUGAUUUAUAUAUAUAUGUCUUAUAGUAUGCCAGGUAAAACAUGAAAGGAAAUUGAAUUUUUUAUAAGAAAUAAAAGCCAAUAUCUAGAUAAGGACUAUUUCAGAAACCUGGAGUAUGUUUAUGUCUUCCAUUGUACUUCCUAUUAAGGGUUUCUCCAAACCUAUACAUUAAAGGAAGUGGAACUCUCUUGGUUGUAAAGGGUAAAAAGUAGUAUUAUAACACACUGGGUGUUAAAUUGGUUAGUGAGAUAUGAGUAGGUAGAUUAUUUUGAUUAUUAAUAGAAAUUUAAUUGUAUGUGGAGACGAAUCUCAACUAUAACCUAGAUACUCAUUUUUAUGAUCAUGACCUCAUUUUCAGACAUGUAUUAAGUAAUAUCAUUUACAUUUUCAAGUUAGUCAAAACGUUUCAGGUACAUUUCAAAAAUGUACAUUAGAUUGAUUGAUAUGUUACUGUAAUUGUAUAUAUUUUUGUGGUAAUCUCAUUUUUGCACUGGCAGCAUCAUGCUGAAAUACUACUGUAGUUAGAAUUUUCUAUGUACUUUUUCUAUGAAAAUUAUUGGGAAAGCAUCAAUUUUUCAUGAGCUUACUAAUCUGUUAAAAUAUUAUGACUGCUAAAGGAUUUGAGUGAGCCAGAUAUAUUUACAGUAUUAUUAUAAAGUUGUAGUUAAGGUCAGUUCUUAAUAUCUUUUCAAAAAAAAAUUCUAUCACAUUAAAUGAGAUCAAUUUUCAUUCAUAGUAAGUAUUUUGACAAGAACUUGAGUAAGUCUAACAUCCAUUACAAGACUAUGGGUUGUUGUCAUUGUAUCUGUUUCGUCCCAUGGACUGGGCUGGGCAGCUAUGGUCAUAUACAUUUGUAUAUAGACUUAGGAUAUUGGUCAUUUUGGUCAUUUCAUCUGCUUGGGCCAGUGGCCUGGACUGGGCAGCUAUAUGGUUAGUUAUAAACUCAUUGUCAAACUCCCACCAUCUUCUCAGGUCAAUGCAAAUCACCGCAAUUAGUACAUGUAUUGUUCACAGAAAUGCCAAAAACAAUUAAGUAGGUGUAAUGUAGAAUUUGAAUCACUAGACAAUGUAAACAUGAAAGGGGAUACAUACAUUCAAUAUGGCUGGUUCUUUUGUAGCCAAUGCGGCUGACGUACCCAGAGUUAAGGAAUCGAUCGGAUGAUUUUCACCUAGGGCAGUAGCCCGAGUUUCCUCUGGCCCUGACACCUACACUUGACAUGGUGUAAGGGCCAGAGGAAACUCGGGCUACUUGGGCAGAGGAUACUUCUUUUGGUAUCUCAAAGAAUUAUGUUGUAUAAAUCCAAGUUCUUCUUAAAAGGGGCCAUUCCUUCGUUCCUACAUCAGAAACAUGUACAAUUUCUAUUGAUGAAAUUUAUGUCCGAACAAUGAUUAUAUGAGUGUUUGUGCCGACAUGUAAUGAAAUUAACGCCAAAAUGUACAGGAAAAGGGUGUACCGUAUACAAAUACUGUAUGCCUUUGCGGUAAUUAGUGAUAGUGAUACUUCGGGUCGAAUUAAGAAUUUUCCGGACUUAAUACUAGAAGAAAUUUGGUUUAUCUUGAGAGUAAAACUGCCUUAUUAAUGUAAAGAAUACACAUUUUCCAGUAAGUUUAAUUUUGACGACCUAAACUUUAUUCAAACGAAGUAAUGCCCCUUGAAACACGUAGUUAAAAAAUAAAUUAAAUAAAAUCAUAUGUAUUUAGCAAGAUAUUUUCAGGAAGAAAAGUUUUGUAGUUAAAUACUCUUUAGUAGAACCAGGGAUGUAUGUAUGGGAUGUAUACAUAUACCCUAUAGGUACCCAAAUAGGAUCCAUUGAACCAGCAGCUGCAGUUUAGUAUAUUUUUAAUCCAUCUGGUAGGAGCCUAGCUGAGAGAACAGCUCUGGGCGUCAAAAGGACGAAUUCUGACAGAUAUCCUCGUCACCCUGCCAGAGAGCAAUGUAAGGCUGGGUAUGAAUAUUUGUUCUAGGAGCCUUGCAAGUACAAACUGAGAAGGAUAAAAGCCACACAAAUGAAACAAAAUAACAAUGAUGGUAAUGUAUUCACUAUAUCUGAAUUGGGAGGGGGUGUGGAGGAUAAAUAAGAUUUUAAGUUGAAUGUUUGAUAAACUAAAUGCAUGUAUGCAUGUAUGCAUCAUAGUUGUACUAUUAUAGCAAUAUAUCGCCAUAGUUACUGGCUAUUUUCAGCUUUGCAAACUUUGGUAAGGCUUUUUGUUAAGCCUGAUAUACCCAUAUUAAAGGGUAAGUUAGAGUGUAUGAAUGUUUUACAUUUUCCAAUUUGUUACAUGUAUUAUUUUGAAUUCUAUGCAAUUUGACAUAUAUGGAUAAAUAGGAUUUGUCCACUGUCACGCAGUUCUCUUUUACGUCAACUCAUAUUUUAUAAGAAUGAUUUUACCGAAAUUUCUAUGCAAGUGCUUUUACACAUUAAAAUGUAACAUUUUAUAUGUAUGUUCAUGUGCUUAACAAGUAUCAUGGUUUUUCCAUGAUUAGAGAGAAAUUACGUCAUUCUGAUAUUGAAUGGUUUAUGCGAUAUUUUUUGGUAUGCAAGAAAUAUCAAAUUAUUUUUAUUAAUUAAUUAAUCCCUGUUUUAUCACUGUAGCUACUACAGUGGUUGGUCUUUUUGUAGUUUUCAUGUCAAAAAUCAUAUUUUUAUUUCUUUCUUGAAACUAGAGGCAGCCAAUGAAAGAAAAAUGUGAUAAACACCGAAAAUGUUGUUUUUAGUUACAUUUUGAAUUGUUGUUAUCUCAAUCUUUGAUAACUUGAAAACUCUUUUAAACUCAAAGUAAAUAUUAAGAUCUGACAGCAAAAACGCUAACUGUAAAACGCUUUAAAUUUAUUCAUUGAGUCCAUUACGAAUUCAAAUCCUUUGCGAUUCAUUGUACGAAAAAACACUUUUUGAUGGUAAUCAAGCUAUCUGUUUUCGAUAUAAGAGUCUUUCAGAGUCCAUGAUUGGCCAUUCGCUAAUCUUAAGUCAUUUCUAUAUCAGUGUUCGUGAAAUCAUAUGUUCGCAAAUAUUUCUGAAGAGGUAAUUUCGAGAAAUAAAAUAUUCACAAAAAAUGAUUUACAGUAUGAAAAUAUACUCAUUUACCACAUAUACUCAGGUAAUCUCCAAAUAUUUUCAUGGUUUUACUGACGUGGAGGUUACGAGGUUCGACGGUUGAUUUUAAAAUUUACCCUGAAUGAAUAUUGUUAUGGCUAGUUAUUGUUUAUGCUUAGAUAUGUAUUGUUUUGAACAAUGUAAAAUGAUGGAAUUUUCAGUUUCUUUUACCUCAACAGAUAUAUGGUGCAUUAAAAGGAAUUUUUAGUUUCAUUUAUCAACAGAUAUAUGGUGCAUUAAAAGGAAUUUUUAGUUUCAUUUAUCAACAGAUAUAUGGUGCAUUAAAAUCUAAUUAAACUUGUAUGUGAAAGUAAUCAGCAUUCCUGAAUUGUUCAGAUGAUACAAUUUGGUCUCUCCAUGAUAUGUCGUUAUAGAUUUAAUUGACAUUUCACAAUCCAUAGAACAUUAUACAAAUAAAUGUAUUGUCAUUCAUUUUUCUCCACACUCUACAUAUCUUUUAUUUACAGAUUUCAUGAAGUCAUUAAUUAUUUUUAUAAAGUUUAAAAUUAUUCUAACCAAAAUUGUUGAUAUUUCUGUCUUCCAAGGAACAAUAUCUCUGGUAUUGAUAACUGAAACGAGAGGCGGUUUCCAGGGGAGAUAACUCGGCCAAAUAAUGGAGGAAGUUAUUAUGUAUAAUGGAGAAAAUAUUGUGAGAAUACCAGCGAUGCACUUAAAUGUCCGUCCAUCUAUAUCAUCCUGUAUAUAAAAACAUUUAAGAGUAUCAUUCAUAUCAUAUACUAUCAAUCGGCAAAGAGGGGCCGCGGUGGCCGAGUGGUUAAGGUGUCCCGACACUUUAACACUAGCCCUCCACCUCUGGGUUGUGAGUUCGAAACCUACGUGGGGCAGUUGCCAGGUACUGACCGUAGGCCGGUGGUUUUUCUCCGGGUACUCCGGCUUUCCUCCACCUUCAAAACCUGGCACGUCCUUAAAUGACCCUGGCUGUUAAUAGGACGUUAAACAAAAACAAACAAAAGAUCACUCGGCAAAACCUGAAAGUGAAUGUCAUUUGUAGUACUGGAAGAUGAAAACGUGAACUGGUAUUUGUUUUGUCUUCACAGCCUAUCUUUACAGCAAUAAGCCGUUUAUGUCUGAUGAUAAGUCCACUCGUAUAUUGCUCUCAGCAGUUAAAUCAUUAGAUAUUUCAUUGUUGAGGUAUAAGAGCAUUCCCCUACUUCAGGGAAUCACCAUAACUCAGUUGGUUAGAGCAAUGGUUACAUUAUCCCCGGUGAAGAUCCAAGGUGUAUGGUUCUAUGUUUCCUACCUAUGUUGGUUUGUGUUUCUCAGAAAGCUGAGGAAUCGGCUGGUCUGUGCUGUCAUGGUUGUGUCCUUGGGCAAGACAUUUAACCUAAUUGCUUUGGAUGGCAUGUGACGGACCUCCAGUAUGUUGUUUAAUAAAGAACUCACCAACUAUUUUUGUACUACAAGGAGCCCCCGCCUUAAAAUGACACUGGCAGUUCACAUAGUGAUAAACUCAAAACCUAGCAAAAGAAAGCAAAAUUACUCGGAUCAAAUUUUAAGUAUCGCCCUCCCCUGCCCCCCAAGGCUAAUUGCCGGAUAGGAUCUGCUGAAUAACCAAACAGACCAUUUUAGUUUUAAAGUGGUUCACUAUAGUAUGAUUGAUGCUUGCAAUAAUCACAGAGAAAUAGAAUACUAUACUUGUGAAUGUGAAUUUUCUUAUUUAUUUUUUUUAUAUACAUGAUUUAAAAGAAAAUGGUUUUGGUUUUUGAAAUUUUACCCAAUUAAACGAAAUACCCGAUUCAGCGUUACCCGAUUAACUGGAAUGUACUGUAUAUAUAAAAAAAGUGUCUGUAAAAUGAAGGUUAAAUAUUUGUCAAGCUGUCAAAGCUGAAAUUUAUGACAAAAAUCAUUAAUCUUAUUUUUCUCUAAAUUUUCAUAACAAAUGUAGAGUUGUGCUAGAUUUACUGAAUAUUGUUAAUUUUUAUAUGCAAGCGUUAUUUUAUGAUUUGUGAUGUUUAAAGAGAUUUUCUGAAGAAAAAAACGAUUUUUAAACAGGUGCAUUUAAAUGUUGUGAAUUACUGAGUGCUACUGUACGGUUGUGUAUCAUUUUUACAUCGAUCUUGUCUUCCUUAUUCCCGAGGUACUUUUCUCAAAUUAUAGAUUAUAUAUUGAUAGUAUUAGUAUGUUUAUAUAUUUCAUUUCAUAUUUUAUAGAUCUCAAACAUAUAAGGGAGGAAUCUUGCAGGUUUAGUCCAAGCAUGUCGUCUUGUGUAUGUAAUGUUACAUUGUCAACUCACUGGUCCAGUUAGCCCUAGUUCUUCUGGCCUGAACACCAGUCUUAGAGGUUCGGACAGAUAAACGUCUGGUCCUAAACGCGCAGACAUAUACAUUUUUUUUUUGUAUAUCUGUCUGAAUGUCUAAUUAUGGUGUCAAGGCCAGAGGAAACAUGAGCUAUGGUCCAAUAUCUUCUAUAUUCACAAUAACAUAAAUGUUAGGCCACAUUUCAUUAUCAAUUUCUUUUAUGUAGGUUUUCUAUUUGUAGAGUUUAUGGCAAAGUUUAGAAACAUUUUAAACAUUUUUUCAAUUAAUUUUUUUUCCAGAAAUUACCUGUAUAAAUUUUUCAAAAAAGAAAAGAAAAACAAAAUUUAGGUUUUAAGUACACAGAUGUUGUUGUUUGGAUUUCAUUAUUUGUGAAUCUCGAUUAAUUAUAAAAAAACAUAUCAUUUUUUACAAUUAUCAAACUGCAAAUUGAUAUACAUGAACUUAAUUUUGUAUAUAGCAGGGCAAGAAAUCAACGAUUUUUAUGUUUCAUAUAAAUCUGUAACUUUGUCCAUGGAUGUAUUUCAUAUAGAAAUCAGUAAGAUAAUUGAUGUGCCAUGUUGUUAGCUAUACAUAUUGUACUGAGACUGUCUAUCUACAGUUUUUAAGGUGCUCGAGAUUUGUUGUAUAUAAUAAAGAGAUGUAAAUAUA